GAUGAAAUUCUGAAAGCAGCUGUGAUGAAAUAUGGCAAAAAUCAGUGGUCUCGUAUUGCUUCUUUAUUGCACAGAAAAUCAGCAAAGCAAUGCAAAGCCAGAUGGUAUGAGUGGCUAGACCCGAGCAUCAAAAAGACAGAGUGGUCACGAGAAGAAGAGGAGAAACUGUUGCACCUGGCCAAGCUCAUGCCAACCCAGUGGAGAACCAUUGCCCCAAUUAUUGGAAGAACUGCUGCACAAUGUUUGGAACAUUAUGAAUUUCUUCUGGACAAAGCUGCUCAGAGAGACAAUGAGGAAGAAACUGCUGAUGAUCCUCGGAAACUUAAACCUGGAGAAAUUGAUCCAAAUCCAGAAACCAAACCAGCCAGGCCAGAUCCUAUUGACAUGGAUGAAGAUGAACUUGAAAUGCUGUCUGAAGCUAGAGCCCGUCUGGCUAAUACACAAGGAAAGAAGGCCAAAAGAAAAGCAAGAGAGAAGCAGUUGGAAGAAGCUAGACGGCUUGCUGCUCUCCAGAAAAGACGAGAACUUCGCGCUGCUGGAAUUGAGAUCCAGAAGAAAAGAAAAAAGAAGAGAGGUGUGGAUUAUAAUGCAGAAAUUCCAUUUGAGAAGAAGCCUGCCCCUGGUUUUUAUGAUACAUCAGAGGAAAACUACCAGUCUCUGGAUGCAGAUUUCAGGAAGCUACGUCAGCAAGACCUGGAUGGAGAAUUAAGAUCUGAAAGGGAGGGAAGAGAGCGCAAAAAAGACAAACAGCAUAUGAAACGGAAAAAAGACUCAGACUUGCCUUCAGCUAUUCUACAGACCAGCGGAGUGUCAGAAUUUACUAAAAAAAGAAGUAAGCUAGUGCUUCCAGCUCCUCAGAUAUCUGAUACAGAACUUGAAGAAGUUGUAAAAGUAGGCCAGGCGAGUGAGAUUGCACGCCAGACUGCUGAGGAAUCUGGAAUUACAAACUCAGCUUCCAGCACUCUUCUGUCUGAAUAUAACGUUACCAACAACAGCAUAGCACUAAGGACUCCCAAAACUCCAGCAGCACAAGACAGGAUCCUGCAGGAAGCCCAGAAUUUGAUGGCUCUCACAAAUGUGGAUACCCCUCUGAAAGGAGGUCUUAACACUCCCUUGCAUGAAAGUGAUUUUUCGGGGGUAACACCACAGAAACAGGUUGUUCAGACUCCAAACACCGUGCUUUCCACACCCUUCAGAACACCUUCUCAUGGACCAGAAGGCUUAACUCCUCGUGGAGGACUAACUCCUAAACCUGUGGUUGGUACAACUCCUGGUAGAACUCCACUACGUGAUAAAUUGAACAUCAAUCCGGAAGAGGGUAUGGCAGAUUACAGUGACCCAUCUUAUGCAAAACAAAUGGAGAGAGAGUCUCGUGAACACUUGCGCCUUGGACUUAUGGCCCUUCCUGCUCCAAAGAACGACUUUGAGAUUGUUUUACCUGAAAAUGCAGAAAAAGAACUUGAGGAACAUGAAGUAGAUGAAGCCUUUGUAGAAGAUACUGCUGAUAUAGAUGCCCGCAAGCAGGCUCUCCGAGAGGCAGAGCGUGCAAAGGAACUGAAGAGAAUGCACAAAGCUGUUCAGAAGAAUCUACCACGGCCCUCAGAAGUUAAUGAAACAAUACUGAGGCCUUUAAAUGUGGAACCACCUCUAACAGACUUGCAGAAAAGUGAAGAGCUAAUAAAGAAAGAGAUGAUUACUAUGCUUCAUUUUGAUCUUUUACACCACCCAUUUGGAGAACAGCCUAGUGGUAAGAAGGGGAAAGGCCCAGGUUUUGGAAGCAACAAUGCAGAACAUAUGGCUUACUUGGAACAAAAUCCUUACGAGAAGUUCUCCAAAGACGAUCUCAAGAAGGCACAGGAUCUACUGGCACAAGAGAUGGAAGUGGUAAAGCAAGGAAUGGGGCAUGGAGAGCUCUCAAGUGAAGCUUAUAACCAGGUGUGGGAAGAAUGUUACAGCCAAGUGUUAUACCUGCCUGGACAGAGCCGCUACACAAGAGCUAACCUGGCCAGCAAAAAAGACAGGAUAGAGUCACUUGAAAAGAGACUUGAGGUACAAAAUGCCAGAGUUCAGAUAACAACAUCUCGGCAAUGGGUCUACAUGCAGUUUGAGUACUAUGGCAGGGCACUGGGACUAAGGAACAAGAACUGA